ACAGGAAGGUAAUAAAAACAGCGAAGGUGGAGUAAAUCGCGAUAUUGCCCUCCAGAGAAGAGACCUCAUCGAUAAGGCAAGGAGAGAGAAGAAGGAGGAGGUCGUAUCCCAAAUUUCAGAGAGACGGCGGAGAUGGGAGGACACGGAGCUAUAGAGGUGGCCAAGACGGUGAUCGAGGUUGCUGACGUGGCGUGGAAGGCCAUGGAGUGCGUCGAACACUUUCACCACGAACACGAGCACCACCACCACGACGAAGAGCCCAAAGCCGGCGCGAUUUCCGACGAGCAACUAGACGCGCUGCGAGCUGAGAAUCGGCGGUUGAGGAAGUCGCUAGAGCAGAAUCUGAAGCUGCUCGAAAACCUAACGGAAUCGCCUUCUUUGCUGAACGAUUGCCCUCCUGACUUGUAUGCGCGCCUUGUAACUGCGGUGAAUUCUGAAAGUUACUUAAAGAGAAUUAAAGCGCUUCAGCAGAAAUCUGUGGAUUGCAAUCACUUUCCUUUCAAGGUUGCCACAGGGAGUGAUUUGGAGGAAGCUGAGAUUCUGAUCAAUGUUGACCAGAACGAGCCAAGUUGGUGGGUGUGGGUGACGGAAGAUAUGAUUCCGGGGAAAGUUGAGGAGAGGAGUGGAAUCGACAAUGAUAGCUAUGUGGUUGUUAGUGAGGAGCAUGUGGUGGAUGGGGUUGCUGAUUUUAUGGCUAAGUGUAUUAUGGCGAAUCCGAAAGCUGCGAAUUUGACACCGGAGGAGUUGCAGAAAAUUGUAGCAAAAGCAAUGGGUGGUGUAAACAAAUUGGAGAAGGUUUUGGGAAUUUGGCAUGCUGGGAAGCUGUUUUAUGCCCUGUCCACCUGGGGACUUGCUCUAGCAGGGUUGUAUAGGACCCGUGCUGUUAUAAAGCUUGCUGCGAUGGGGGUGCAUACAACAACCAAAGUGCUCAUGAGGGCAAUGUGAGGGGCUACCUUGCAACUGAAUUGUACAAUAUUUUAUCUAGGCACUUUGGUUAUAAGAAUUCCCAUCUGAUGUAAAUUAUUGUAAAUAUAGCUUGCUAUUCUAUUUGCAACAUGACUGGUUUAUGGUAUUGAAAUGUUGAUUGAUUCUACUCAUAUGUUGAUACAGUGCCAAUAUGUUUGGAUUAUCCU